AAAUAUUCAGUAAGGAGAGAGAGAGAGAGAGCCUAUAUGCUCUACGCUACAGCAAGAAAAUAAGGAAACGAAAGGAAAAAAAGAAAGAGAGAGAGAAAAAAAAAUACAUCAAAAAGAAAGGGGAAAAAAAAAAAAGGAAAAAAGGCUCUUACAAGGAUUUCUCUAUCUGAUUCUCCGAUGUUUUUCUGAUUUUUGUAUAUUUCCUUACAAUCUCCGAUUGUUCCAAUCACCAGCUUGAAUCGGCUGCGCUCUGCCGAUCGUUUCGCCGUCCGUUCUUCAACAUUAAAUUAUCGAAUUUGUGUUGGGGAUCUUCUAUGUUUCUAGCAGUCCCCAAUUUAAAUUGUUGAUAAAUUUGUUGUUCCUUUGAUCUACGAGAUUUUGAUUGUCGUCGAUUUUAGUACUGAGAUUCAAGUGGAAAAUGGCAUCGAUGGUCGCUAAGCCGAGUUGUCCUAGUACUAGCAAUCAUGUGCCUUCUUCUAUGACUGUCCAGGAGAAAGGGAGUAGGAAUAAGAGGAAGUACCGAGCAGAUCCACCUUUAGGUGACCUGAAUAAGAUCACCAUGUCAUCUCAAGAUGAAUGCCCGAGUUAUGAGUUUUCUGCUGAGAAAUUUGAGAUAAGUUCAAAUAUUGGGCAAACCAGUGCGUGUGAUAUUUGUAGCAUUAGUCAAGAAUACUCUGCUGCAUUGAAACUUGAUCUCGGAUUGUCCAAUGGUUUGGGGUCUUCUGAUGUUGGGUUAAACUGGCCAAGGGAGGAAUUAGAUGUUGAUGAGGUCGAAGAUGCUGAUUGGAGUGACCUUACAGAAGCUCAGCUCGAAGAACUUGUUUUAAGCAAUUUGGACACAAUAUUCAAGAGCGCAACCAAGAAAAUUGUUGCUUCUGGAUACAGUGAAGAGGUUGCUAUAAAAGCUGUCUCGCGGGCUGGCAUUUGUUUUGGUUCUAAAGACACCGUGUCAAAUAUAGUGGACAACACCUUAGCUUUUCUUAGAAGCGGCCAAGAAAUUGAUCAUUCAAGGGAACACUGUUUUGAAGAUUUACAGCAACUAGAGAAAUAUAUUUUAGCCGAAUUAGUUUGUGUUCUCCGAGAGGUUAGGCCUUUCUUCAGCACUGGGGAUGCAAUGUGGUGCUUGUUGAUAUGCGACAUGAAUGUAACUCAUGCAUGUGCAAUGGAUAGUGACCCAUUUAAUGCAUUUUUUUGUGACGGGGCUUCGAAUGAGAGUUCGUCUAACUCUAUCCCACAGAUAAAAGCAGAAGCCAAAAUCUCUGAGAUGAAUCUUCCUAAGCCCGUUAAGCCAAUUUCUCCAAUCAGUUGUGCUCAUAGUUCUCAAUCCGAGGAACCAGCCACUCUAGGAGUUCCUAAUCUUCCAAAAACAAAGGAUCCCGUGUUUUUGAGUGGACCAGUAUCAGAUAAAGAAUUUCAAAGUUCCGCCUCUGAUGUUGCUGAGGAAUCAUUUAAUGUAGCUGGAAACUCUCAAACUUCUGUAUCGGAAGAAAAAAUUGGGAGCAGUAGGAAGUUUCAUUCUAAUAUAACAAAGAGAGAAUACAUGCUUCGACAAAAAUCGCUUCAUGUGGAGAAGAACUUUCGAACAUAUGGACCUAAGGGCUCAUCAAGAGGUGGGAAGCUGACGGGUUUGGGGGGUUUAAUGUUAGAUAAGAAAAUAAAGUCUGUUUCAAGCUCCACAUCAGUAAACUUUAAGAAUGCUUCGAAAAUAAGCAAGGCUAUGGGAAUUGAUGUGAUCCAAGACAUUGGGAACCAUAGUCUUUCCACCAUUGACAUUCCAGCUUCCUCCCUAGCAUUUUUGGAAAACAUUAGCACCAUUUCUCCUUUUUCUAAGGCCAAUACGCUAUCUUCAAUGCCUGCACCUAGUUCACCACCUGCAUUACCUGAAGCUAAUACUUCUUCUGCAUUAUCAACAUCUGACAUUGAUCUUUCUCUUUCUUUGCCCACUAAAAGCAAUCAGCCUUCGAUGCCUAUCAGCUACAACGCUGAAUCUUCUUCUAGCAGUUUUGUUGAGAAAUCUUAUGAAAAGUCACUUGGGCAGUGGUUUCCUAGGGAUAAGAAGGAUGAGAUGGUUUUGAAGCUAGUACCAAGAGCACGGGAGUUACAAAAUCAGCUGCAAGAGUGGACGGAGUGGGCCAAUCAAAAGGUCAUGCAGGCUGCAAGGAGGCUGAGUAAGGACAAGGCUGAACUCAAGGCUCUGAAACAAGAAAAGGAGGAAGUUGAGCGGCUGAAAAAGGAGAAGCAGACUCUGGAGGAAAAUACCAUGAAGAAGCUUUCUGAGAUGGAACAUGCAUUGUGUAAGGCUAGUGGGCAGGUUGAACUUGCUAACUCUGCUGUUAGGAGGCUCGAGGUGGAGAAUGCUGCACUACGGCAGGAGAUGGAGGUUGCAAAGUUACGUGCUACAGAAUCAGCUGCUAGCUAUCAAGAGGUUUCGAGGAGGGAGAAGAAAACACUAAUGAAAGUUCAAUCAUGGGAGAAGCAGAAAACAUUGUUCCAGGAAGAACACACGGCCGAAAAACGAAAAUUGAAACAACUAAUACAGGAACUAGAUCAAGCCAGGGAUCUCCAGGAGCAACUUGAGGGUAGAUGGAAGCUGGAGGAGAGAGCAAAAGAUGAGGUGCUGAUGCAGGCUGCUUCGUUAAGAAAGGAAAGAGAACAAAUCGAGGCUUCAGUGAAAGCAAAGGAGGAUACGAUUAAACUGAAAGCAGAAAACAAUCUUCUAAAAUACAAAGACGAUAUUCAAAAGCUUGAAAAAGAAAUCUCCCAGUUGAGACUCAAGACUGAUUCGUCGAGAAUUGCUGCUCUUAAGAGAGGCAUUGACGGAAGUUAUGCCAGUAGGCUAACAGAUACCAGAAACAGCACAGAUCAUAAAGAAUCCUGGACCCCAAAUGUCUCGGAAUCGAUGAAGGAUCUUUACGAGUACUCUGGAACCGGGGGUGUGAAGAGGGAGCGGGAGUGUGUGAUGUGCCUUUCAGAGGAGAUGUCAGUAGUUUUUCUCCCAUGCGCCCAUCAAGUGGUGUGCACAACCUGCAAUGAACUGCAUGAAAAACAGGGUAUGAAAGAUUGUCCUUCUUGUAGGAGCCCCAUACAGCGGCGUAUUCCAGUCCGUUAUGCUCGCUCGUAAUCAGUUUUUACCGUUGAGUUCGAGUGCUUUUGAAUAAUGUUCUGGGACUCCUAUGGAAUGGAAUAAUGCAUUUGAAUUACCCUUGUUAGAAAAUGUUGUGGAAAAUCAAGUUUGCCUGUGUUGGUUAUUACAAAUCCUUACCUUACCUCCCUCAGCAGCUGUUUGAACAAUCAACAAGGUACUCUUUAUCUUAAACUCUUUAAGAAUUUUAGCAUCCAAAAGUAGAUGAUGCAAGAGAAGUCUUGUCCUUAAAA